AUGUCUGACCUCAAGGCCGACUUCGAAGCCGCCGCCGCGCUCGUGAAGACCUUCACCAAGAACCCAACCAACGACGAGAAGCUCGCCCUCUACGCUUACUACAAGCAGGCCACCGUGGGUGACAACACGACGCCUGCCCCUGGCAUGUUCGAUCUGACGGGCAAGGCCAAGUGGAACGCCUGGAACGCCAAGAAGGGUGUGUCCACGGAGGACGCCAUGAAGGCCUACAUCGCUGAGGUGGAGAAGCAGAAGGCUGUCUACGCCUGA